AUGGUGACUAUUUCGACCAACAUCAACCACUUUCCGCCCGAGCUCCUCCUCCUGGUGUUCAAGUUCUCGGUCUGGGAUAAUCCGAAAGCCGCCGUCAUCCUCUCUCAUGUUUGUGGCGUAUGGAGGGCCCUUACACUGACGAGUCCACCCACCCAACAGACGGUCCGGCAGCUCGUUGCGACGUCCGCGCGGCUGCAAAACCUGGAGUGCGAGUGGUCCCAAGACGUGGUACACCAGAUCCACCACCUCCAGUACCUCUUCGGGCUCCCGAGCCUCCCGGCCCUUCGAGCCGUCUACCUGGAAGCCCCAAUUUUCCCGGCUUUUCCAGGAACCCCUUCCUUCCAAAUCGACCUUCCAGUUCUUCAAGAGGUCAUCCUCAACCGUCUCAGUCCUGUCGUGCUAGGCACCCGCAUCAAGCCAAUGCUCAACGCGCUCGCAUUCGCUGGCCACGGUGGCCUCCGAUCCUCCCACCUGUACGAUCUCCUCGCCUCAGCCCCUUCCCUCAAGAACCUCAUCAUGGAAGACCUUAUCAUAAAGGUUGACCACUCUGUAGACGCUGGCGUUUCUCGGGGUGGUCAGCAACCCUACAAUCGGCUCGCCCUCACGCUGCCUGUCGACGUUCUCGAGUGGUCAGGGCUCUCUGACUGCGCUCUCCUCUGGGGGCUGUUUCGCAUGUUCGAGAUGCCUCAGCUCUCCGCCCUCUGGCUCACGAUCAAGUCGCAGCCGACGCACAAUAGCAUGUCCAUGUCGACGCGAGUAUGCACAUGCGGCGUCCCCGCUCAAGACCCGCACGAAUGCCCGAAGGCACCGUGGAACGACCCCAAGAGCGUCUUCACGUUCUCCAACCUCAGGUCCCUCUCGAUCGUUGUCACAAACGCCAAGUUCACCCCGUCGUUCGGAUUCUGGCCGGUCUCCCACCAGCUCUCCGGGCUCAGCUUUCCCGCGCUCGAAGAGCUGGAGCUAGUCUGCGACGCCGACUUUUCCCCACAGGUCUUUCGCCGUCGCCUGCAAGACAGCAUCCUCCUCACCCCCGGGAAGGCCGCCCUCCCACUCCCGUCCCUCCCGUCCCUCUUCACGUCCAUGUCCCGCAACGGCCCGGAGGCCUUCCGCCUUCCGCGCCUCAAGCUUCUCCACCUCGAAGGCUUCAUCCUCGAUACCACCGCCGCGGGCGCCUUCCUCUCCUGGCUGCCCGCGGUCGAGAACCUGAUCCUCACCAGCUGCCCCGGCGCGGGCGACUUCGUCUGCGCGCUCGCGCCCGGGACGUGCACCGGCGGCCACUGGGGCGCGUUUCGCGGGGCGGGUCCGCACGCGCGCGGCCGAUGGGUGGCCCCGCGGCUCCGGCGCCUGGUGGUCGCGGAGUGCGACGAUGUGCGGGCGGCGUGCGUGCGGCGGGUCGUGGCUGCGCGGGCGCGGGUGUCGCGCAAGUCGGAGGAUGAAGCUCGUGUCGGAGAGCUUUUGGACGAGGCGGGUCGGGUCGGAGAAGGGCUUCCUUGUAAGCUCGGGGAGUUCGAGUGCAUAGCGCCGUGUGCGGGGAUAUCUCUGGAGGAUGUGGUCGCGCUGGUGGAGGUUGACGAUGUUACGGUCGCGGAGCGCGGGAGCGCGGAGGUCGGGCGAGUCGGAGACGAGUGGAAAGGCGGGAUUGGAUUAGAGGACGCGCUUGACCUCGGAGAGGCUCGCGGUAGCGGGGAGACGGGAAGGAGAGGCGACGGGGAGGAGCCAGGAGGCAAUCGCGUAGCGAUACAGUAG